AUGCGCCGUAACACCGCCCGCCUGCGCCUCCACCGAGGCCAAAUCGAGCCAAACCGAGCCAACCCAGGCCAAACUGGGCCAAACUCAUCAGAACUGCACAGCUGUCUGGACUUCUGGGCUUCUCAUUGUGGACACAGUGGAGACAUGGAACGUGGCGUACACAGACUCAGAGGCAGAGCCAACUUUGCAUCAACAAACAGUAAUGAGUCUAAGGACCUUGUUUUAGAUUUUAAAAGAAACAAGAAGAGAGACAAACGUCCUGUAUCUUUGCCAGACUGGGAGUCCGCCAUGAGCCACACCUCUGAGGACAGUCGAGAAGAUGAGCAAACGGAUCCACCAUCCCACCAAAACUCGACACCAGAGGACUCCAGAUCUGGACCCAACUAUCAGUCUCUGAGAAGUGUGGACUCCAGGGAGCAGUGGGUGGAGUUUAAAGACGCGACACGAGAGGACUCCAGAUCUGGACCCAACUAUCAGUCUCUGAGAAGUGUGGACUCCAGGGAGCAGUGGGUGGAGUUUAAAGACUCGACACGAGAGGACUCCAGAUCUGGACCCAACUAUCAGUCUCUGAGAAGUGUGGACUCCAGGGAGCAGUGGGUGGAGUUUAAAGACGCGACACCAGAGGACUCCAGAUCUGGACCCAACUAUCAGUCUCUGAGAAGUGUGGACUCCAGGGAGCAGUGGGUGGAGUUUAAAGAACCGAGUUCAGAGGAGUCGAAGCCUGGGCUCCGUCAUUUUCCUGAACCGCAAUUUCCCAGAAAUAACAAAAACAAUAUUCGAAAUUCCAACCAAAAUCCUCAGUCCCCCAAAAAUGUCAAGGGUCAUGGUGGUCUACAGCACAACAGUGGUCUGGAUCACAUAUUUCAGAUUUUGGAGAAGAAGAUCAGUGCAUUUAUGAGGAACGAGCUGAAGAUGUUCUUUGAUGUUCUGAGCAUGGAGUCGGAGUAUUCAAUGCACAUGAUGGAGGGGGAUGAGGAGAAGCAGAGGAGCAGUGAGGCCUUCCUGAAGAUUACUCGCUUCUUCCUGCUCGAGAUGGGUCACGAGGAGCUGGUCCACCGCCUGCAAAACCAGAUACAUUAUCCUGAGAUUUGUCAGCGCAAACUGAAGUCCAAUCUGGAGCGCAGGUAUCGGUGCGUGUAUGAGGGUGUGGCCAAAGCAGGAACCCCCACCCUCCUGAAGAAUAUUUACACCGAGCUCCAUGUCACAGAAGGUGGGGCCAUAGGGGGAGAGGCCAACAUGGACCUUAGCCCACACACAAGCCCCACACUGCACAACAUCUUCAGAGGCCCCGCCCAUCAGCACGAGCCAAUCAGGACUGUGGUGACGAAGGGUGUGGCCGGAGUGGGGAAAACCUUGCUGACUCAGAAGUUCUGUCUGGACUGGGCUGAAGGCAAGGCACACCAGGACUUCCAGCUGCUAUUACCCUUCACUUUCAGAGAGCUCAAUGUGUUCAGAGACGCACAGAUCAGCCUGGUGGGACUGGUCCACCACUUCUUCAGUGAGACCAAGAAGACACGUCUCUACAGCUUCAAAAACCUCAAGGUGCUCUUCAUCUUGGACGGUCUGGAUGAGAGCCAGAUCUCACUGGACUUUAGAAAAACCAAAGCUGUCUCAGACAUAGCGGAGCGCGUGUCCAUGGAUGUGCUCCUGGUCAACCUUCUCCGGGGCAACCUGCUUCCUUCCGCUCAGAUCUGGAUCACCACACGACCUGCAGCAGCCAAUAAGAUCCCUGCUGAGUGCAUCUCCAUGGUGACAGAGGUCACAGGAUUCACCAAUUCAAAGAAGGAUAAAUACUUUAGUUUGAAAUUUAAAGACCAGACCCAAGCUAGUGCCAUCAUCUCACACAUCAAGGGCACUAGAAGCCUAUACAUAAUGUGCCACCUCCCAAUCUUUUGCUGGAUACUCUUCACUGUCCUGCUCCAUGUGCUGAAGACAGGCACCAUAGAGCAGCUACCCCAGACCCUCACCGAGAUGUACAUUCACUUUCUGGUGGUGCAGACUAAACUCAGGAGCCUCAAAUAUGACGGCCGCUCUCAGACAGACACUGCCUGGAGGCCAGAGACCAGGAAAAUGGUGCGCUCUCUGGGAAAACUGGCCUUUGAGCAGCUGCAGAAAAGGAACCUGAUCUUCUACGAGUGUGACCUGAGUGAGUGUGGGCUAGAUGCUGAAGCAGCCUCACUGUACUCUGGACUGUUCACACAGGUCUACAUGGAGGAGUCGGGACUGUACCAGGACAAGGUCUACUGCUUCAUUCAUGAAAGUGUGCAGGAGUUUCUGGCUGCUCUCCACGUCCAUCAGACCUUUAUCAACACUGGAAUCAAUCUUCUAUCUGAGGAAAAAACAAUGUCCAUACGCUCAAUGUUUUUUGGCAGCAGCACAGAGAAGGUCUACCAGACUGCUGUGGACCAGAUGUUACAAAGCCCUAAUGGACACCUGGACCUGUUCACACGGUUCCUCUUGGGUCUGUCUCUGCCUUCCAACCAGGAACGUCUCAAAGGUUUAGUGAAACACUCUGGCCCUAGCAUUAGGUCGCCUCAGAAGACAGCCCAGUAUAUCACAGAGAGGUUGGAGGAGAGCCUGGAUUCGGAGAAGAUUGUGAGUCUGUUCUACUGUCUGAACGAGCUGAAGGAGCGUGGCCUGGUGGAGCAGAUCCAGGAGCGCCUAAGCUCGGGGAGGCCCAUCAGAGAGAGGCUGUCCCAGGCUCAGUGGUCAGCGCUGGUCUUCAUCCUGCUCUCCUCCGAUCAUCUGGAGGUGUUUGACCUGAAGAAGUACUGUGCUUCAGAAGAGGCUCUACUCAACCUGCUGCCGGUGGUCAAGGCCUCCUCCACAGCCCUGCUGAACAGCUGUGACCUGACUGAGAAGAGCUGUGAGGUGCUGUGUAUGAUGGUCAGCGCUAAGGACUGUGCUCUGACAGAACUGGACCUCAGCUACAAUCAGAUCCAGGACUCAGGCCUGAAGUACCUGGCCCUGGCCCUCAGGAGCCCCCACUGCAGGCUGCAGCGGCUCAGAUUGGCAGGCUGUCAGGUGACUGGGGAUGGCUGUGUAUCUCUGGCCUCAGUUCUGCGCUCACACCAGACCCACCUCACUCUGCUCGACCUGAGCAAAAACCACCCCGGCCCCACCGCAGUCAAACAGUUGUCUGCCCUCCAGGGGGCGCCCCACUCCAGACUGGAGACCCUCAUACUGAGGCCUUCUGGACCCCAGUGGCUGAGACCACUGAUCAAAUAUUUCACUCGGCUCACUUUGGACCCCACCACGGCGUACCCGUACCUCAAGCUCUCUCAGAACUCCACCAAAGCCUCUCACGUGGAGCAGGACCAGGCAUACCCAGAUCACACAAGCCGCUUCGACAAAUGUCCCCAGCUCCUAUGCUCUGAGGGGCUGAGCGGGCGCACCUACUGGGAGGUGGAGUGGUCAGGGUCCGUGCUCAUCGCCGUAUCCUACCGCAGCUUCGCACGUAAAGGUAACAUAGCGACCUGUGGCUUUGGCCUAGGCCCGGAUUCCUGGUGCUUGAGUUGUUCCAAGGGGACUUACACGGUUACCCACAAGGGCAAGCGCCUGGACCUGCCUUAUUCAUCAUCCUCCAGGGGCCGGGCAGCGGUGUAUGUGGACUUUCUGGCUGGAGCUGUGUCGUUCUAUGCAGUGUCAUUAGAGGAGCUGGUUCACCUCCACACCUUCAAAGGCACCUUCAAUGAGCCCCUGGUGCCUGGAUUCAGACUGCUCUUCGGCUCCACAGUGAAACUGUGUGACCUGUUGGAAGAGAAGCCGUCCUAUGUGUAGAGUUUGGAAUUUAUCACCAUUCUACUGUAACACUUAGCUGUCAGUUUGCUCAAGUCUACAACAUAGUUCAUCCUGUUUCAUUUUGACAAGAAAUUAAAAUUAGUUAUCAUUGGCCUUUGAUUGAAACUUUUUAUUGAUGCACUGUGCAACCAUCAAUAAUAACCCUCUAAUCCUAAAGGAGACAUAUUAUAUCAAAAUAGUUAUGAGCUUUUAAAGCAGACCUUUCAGAGCUAUUAACUGUUAUAGUUGUUUCUUCUCAUUGACCCUCUGAAGUUGUAUUUGGAGUGAUUUGUGCAUAUUCUCUUAUUUUCAAGACGUCAUUUUACGAUCAUCUCCUGUUUCCACUGCCACCGCUAUACAUUGACUGAGCUGUACUUACUUUUAUUCUCCAAUUUUAUUUUCUUAAUUGGUGAUACAUGUAGGACUUGGCGAUGUCGCUUGGUCAUUUUGGUAUAAAUUUUUAAAAUCCACUGCUUGCUAGUGUGAUGUGCUGCUAACCAUUGGAGGUGACGACCUAUCUCUGUUUGCAGACUCAUUGACUUGUACCUGAUGCCAGAAAUAUUACUUUAUUCAAACCUUAAAGGUGUACUGAUUCACUUUUUGGGUGGAGAGUACUACAGCUACUUGUCUCCAUGGAGAUGUCAUUUCUUUGCUUGGAAUGUUCUCCUCUGUGACAUUGAACAAAUCUAUCUAGCUUUUUUUGUGUAUUACAGGUGUUUUUAUUCAAAAUAGGUUACCUCUCCACAGAUCUGACCUGUGACUACUAGGAUGGUGUUGCUUGGUCAUUUUGGUACAAAUGAGAAAAAAUCCACUGCUUGCUAGCCAUCGGAGGUGACGACAGCUUCACAGCUCUUUGUUCUGAUGCCGCUCACGGCGGUGGCUUCCAUUGGGCACUGCAGUUUUGUAACACAGAAGUCAGUGGACUUAUUUCUUUUAUUAAAUUGUUUAAGAUGAAUAUUGGAAUUUCAAAUAUGCAAAUUAUAACAUAAUGAUCCGUAGGUUAUAACUAUACCAGACACAAGCACAAUAUGUCUUAUUUAACCAUAUCAUAAUGGUUAAAGAACCAUUAUAUUGCACUAUUUUCUGAUCUAUGUUAUAAUGUUGUUUCCUCGUCACAAACAUACCUGGAGUUGCGUUUUGUUUCAUUCACACAUGUUUAACACACAAACCCUUAUGAUGUCAUGUGAUAAUACAGAAAGUGCUCCACUGUGUUUUUAAACUCCAUACACCUUCACCACAAUGAUUUGGAUGAUUUCACUCCUGGAAUUGCCAAUCUUUACUGAACUAAAGGUAAAAGGUUUUUGAGCAUUUUUCUGGUUUGGGCUCUGUGAUGGAAAAGAAAUACAUUGAGUCCCCAGUCAAAUAUAUUUGAAUUGUAAAUUGUAGGAAUGUACAGUAUGUGUUUUUGAUACUUGA